CCUUUCCCCAGUCCCCUUCUCUCCGAUAACUCCUUCCCGUCUGUGGCGACAGAGCGCCGGCCGCCGGUGGCCUGGGCCCCUGGCCGGGUCGCUCCGAGAGGCACUUCCGGCGGCGGUUCACUUCCUGGUUGGGUGGAUGGAGCCGAGCGGGAGCGCGCGCGGGGGAGGGGCGGCGGGUUAGUCUCCGCCGGGCGCUCCGGGGAUCAGCUGGCGGGCGGGCGGGCGCCGAACGCGGCCCCGGCUCUCGCUGCAGCGCCGCCUCCUCUCCUUGUCGCAGGCCGGCCCGGCGGCCGUGACAAUGUUGCGGCGCUGGUAGCUGGGCGCCGGCCGCCAAGCCAUCUCAAGUUUAAACUUACACGAAUCGCUCUCUUGAGGAGGAGGGGACCGCCGCGCGAUUGACACGCAUAUUCCUAUAGGCAUCCUCCCUCAGCCCCCACCCCCUCGGCCGGAUUCGGGUGGCUCCUCUCCUAGCUGAAAUCCGAGAAGAAAUCCUUGGAUCUCUUGUUAAAAAAAAAAAAAAAAAAAUCUAGAAACCGUCGGUAUUUUGCUUUACUGCUUCCUUUUCGCAAGAUGAAGAAGUUUUUCGACUCCCGGCGAGAGCAGGGCGGCUCUGGCCUGGGCUCUGGCUCCAGCGGAGGAGGGGGCAGCACCUCGGGCCUGGGCAGUGGCUACAUCGGAAGGGUCUUUGGCAUUGGGCGACAGCAGGUCACUGUGGACGAGGUGUUGGCGGAAGGUGGAUUUGCUAUCGUGUUUCUGGUGAGGACAAGCAAUGGGAUGAAAUGUGCCUUGAAACGCAUGUUUGUCAACAAUGAGCAUGAUCUCCAGGUGUGCAAGAGAGAAAUACAGAUAAUGAGGGACCUGUCGGGGCACAAGAACAUCGUGGGUUACAUUGACUCCAGUAUCAACAAUGUGAGUAGCGGUGACGUGUGGGAAGUGCUCAUUCUGAUGGACUUCUGCAGGGGAGGCCAGGUGGUCAACCUGAUGAACCAGCGCCUGCAAACAGGUUUUACGGAGAAUGAAGUACUCCAGAUAUUUUGUGACACCUGUGAAGCUGUUGCCCGCCUGCAUCAGUGCAAAACUCCUAUUAUCCACCGUGACCUGAAGGUUGAAAAUAUUCUCUUGCAUGACCGAGGCCACUACGUCCUGUGUGACUUUGGAAGUGCUACCAACAAAUUCCAGAAUCCACAAACUGAAGGAGUCAAUGCAGUAGAAGAUGAGAUUAAGAAAUACACAACGCUGUCCUAUCGAGCACCAGAAAUGGUUAACCUGUACAGUGGCAAAAUCAUCACUACGAAGGCAGACAUUUGGGCUCUUGGAUGUUUGUUGUAUAAAUUAUGCUACUUCACUCUGCCAUUUGGAGAGAGUCAAGUGGCAAUUUGUGAUGGAAACUUCACAAUUCCCGAUAACUCUCGAUAUUCCCAAGAUAUGCAUUGCCUAAUUCGGUAUAUGUUGGAACCAGACCCUGACAAAAGGCCAGAUAUUUACCAGGUCUCCUACUUCUCAUUUAAACUACUCAAGAAAGAAUGCCCAAUUCCAAAUGUACAGAACUCUCCCAUUCCUGCAAAGCUCCCUGAACCAGUGAAAGCCAGUGAGGCAGCUGCAAAAAAGACCCAGCCAAAGGCCAGACUGACAGAUCCCAUUCCCACCACAGAGACUUCAAUAGCACCCCGCCAGAGGCCUAAAGCUGGACAGACUCAGCCCAACCCAGGAAUCCUUCCCAUCCAGCCAGCCCUGACACCUCGUAAGAGGGCCACAGUUCAGCCCCCACCUCAGGCCACAGGAUCCAGCAAUCAGCCUGGCCUUUUAGCCAGCGUUCCUCAACCAAAACCCCAGCCUCCACCCAGCCAACCCCUACCGCAGUCUCAGCCCAAGCAGCCCCAGGCUCCGCCCACCCCACAGCAGCCGCCUUCCACGCAGGCCCAGGGUCUGCCCACCCAGGCCCAGGCCACACCCCAGCACCAGCAGCAGCUCUUCCUUCAGCAGCAGCAGCAGCAGCAGCAGCAGCAGCAGCAGGCGGCACCGCCUCCUGCACAGCAGCCAGCGGGCACAUUCUACCAGCAGCAGCAGCAGCAGGCCCAGGCUCAGCAGUUUCAGGCAGUACACCCUGCAGCCCAGCAACCAGCGAUCGCUCAGUUCCCCGUGGUAGCCCAAGGAAGCUCUCAACAGCAGCUGAUACAGAGCUUCUACCAGCAGCAGCAGCUGGCCACAACCCUGCAUCAACAACAGCUGCUGACUCAGCAGGCUGCCUUGCAGCAGAAGACCGCAGUGGUAGCCCUACAGCAGGCCCAGGCACAGCCAGCCACAGCCCCCCAGCCAGCCCCUGCCCAGGAGCCAGCGCAGAUUCAAGCCCCCAUAAGACAACAGCCAAAGGUUCAGACAACCCCACCUCCUACCAUCCAGGGGCAGAAACUCGGAUCUCUCACUCCUCCAUCGUCCCCCAAGGCCCAGCGUGCUGGGCACAGGCGGAUUCUCAGCGACGUGACCCACAGCGCAGUCUUUGGGGUCCCUGCCAGCAAAUCAACCCAGCUGCUCCAAGCAGCUGCAGCUGAGGCCAGUCUCAAUAAGUCCAAGUCUGCAACCACCACUCCUUCAGGCUCCCCUCGGGCCUCCCAGCAAAACGUUUAUAAUCCUUCAGAAGGUUCUACAUGGAAUCCCUUUGACGACGACAAUUUCUCCAAACUCACAGCUGAAGAACUGCUGAACAAGGACUUUGCCAAGCUGGGGGAAGGCAAACAUCCUGAGAAGCUUGGAGGCUCAGCUGAGAGUUUGAUCCCAGGCUUUCAACCAAGCCAAGGUGAUACUUUUGCCGCUUCCUCAUUUUCUGCUGGAACUGCUGAAAAAAGGAAGGGUGGGCAGACUGUGGAUUCUAGCCUUCCUCUUCUAAGUGUAUCUGAUCCUUUCAUUCCUCUUCAAGUACCUGAUGCACCAGAAAAACUAAUCGAGGGACUCAAAUCUCCUGACACUUCUCUUCUGCUCCCUGACCUCUUGCCUAUGACAGAUCCUUUUGGUAGCACUUCUGAUGCUGUAAUUGAAAAAGCUGAUGUUGCUGUUGAGAGUCUGAUACCAGGACUGGAGCCCCCGGCGGCCCAGCGCCUCCCCUCUCAGACGGAAUCUGUGACCUCAAACCGCACAGAUUCUCUCACCGGGGAAGAUUCCCUGAUUGAUGGCUCUCUGCUUUCUAACCCUACUACUGACCUUCUGGAAGAAUUUGCCCCCAUAGCGAUCUCUGCUCCGGCCCAUAAAGCUGCAGAAGAUAGUAAUCUCAUCUCAGGUUUUGAUGUCCCUGAGGGCUCGGACAAGGUGGCAGAAGAUGAGUUUGACCCUAUUCCUGUAUUGAUAACCAAAAACCCACAAGGUGGGCACUCUAGAAACAGCAGUGGGAGCUCUGAGUCCAGUCUUCCCAACCUAGCCAGGUCUUUACUGCUGGUGGAUCAGCUCAUAGACCUGUAGCCGUGACCCAGUAGCAGAUGCAGUUCUGUAACCUUCAUACCGUAAUAUACAUUUUCAUUACAGAGUUAAAAGAAAAUGAUUUUUUUUUAAUCUGCAAAUAAGGGGCUUCUAGCCCUAAUCUCCUACUACCCCUUGCCUUCUCCCAUAGAGAUGAUAAGGAAAGAAAAUCACUUUGGCCCUCCAGAUACUCCUUGGCCAGCUCCUCUCUGUUAGUUUGCUGUGUUUUCUCAUUACCCUUCUUCAAUAGCAUUAUCUUAAAUCAAACGCUAGAUGCCAUGAGCUUCACCUCUGCUGGAAUCGACUCCACCAAAAGCUUAACUGUAACUGAAACUAGUGAAUUGACACCUUUGUCUCAUUCUUGCUAGGAAUGGCCUCCCAAAUCAAUCCUCCCAACCCCAUCUCCUUUGGCCAGUUGCUGAUGAAUGUGUUUCUCUGUUUUUGCUUUUUAUGCUGCUGCAUUAUCAUGAGGACAUGGCUUCUUCAGUUGGUCUUAACUCGAGGUAGUAACCUGGAGAUGGGUGCGUGGUUUAAGAGAGGGUAAAACUGACUGAUGGUGUAUGUUUGGAAAGAGAAAUUGAGCCCAGCUCUAGCCAACCAACUUUGACCUUGUUUGAUCGUAGACUUAGCCAAGGGAUUUCACACCCCAUGCAACCUGCCCAGCAUUCGUCCAGCACUCUGGCUUCCAUUGAACCGUGAUUUCUCAGAUCUGGAGACAUGACUGCAAGUACUUGAGAUCCUUGGAUAAAAUGUGUACAUGAUAUAAAUUCCAAGUAUUGCCAUUCCUUUUCGUGUUAACUGUCCCAAGCCGGGAUCUCAGAAUUAGACCAAAACCAGACAGUGGUGGUAAUAUGAUACCUUUUAUUAGAAGACUUUUCAUGGGGGGGUGGAUGGGGGAGGGGAAGGAAUUGUAGCAGAAACAGAUGUAUUUUUCUUGUGAUUUUUAUUUUGAAUCAAAUAUUGUAAAUUGUGUAUAAAUGAAGACGCUGAAUAGUUCUGUUUCCACUUGGCGUUUCAAGUCCGAUAUCAGGUGUCUGUACAGGGUUUUGAUCUCUUUCCCUUGUAUAACUAACUACGCAGCAAUCCUACAGUGUAACAUAUGGAAUCAUUUUGAGUAGACUUGUGUGUUGCUAUAAGCUUUCAGCAGGUCCUCUGUCUUUGUAGAAUAAGCAUGUUGUUUAUUUUCAGAUAAUCAGAAAUAAGUAUGCUGACACACUAGGCACAGUUUGACUUGGGCUACUUACCUUUCUUUCUCUCUGAUGUUUGAAUUGAAGGAUGCAGCCAAUGAAAUAUGUUCAGUUGGUUUUCCUUGGCAUCCUAGAUUUAAAAAAACAAAACAAACCAUAGUUUCUCACUAACCUUAGAAUAUUGUUCAUAAAAUAAAUAAAGGCCCCUGCACUGAUGUGACAACAUGACUCAUGGUCACCCUCUGUAUAUGUCCUUACUCACCGAAGUAUAUUUUUUUCCUUACAUGCAAAGCAGUUUUAUAAAAUCACCCUUUUGAAAGAGGUAGGCACAGAGAACCCCAUUUGGUUCUCUUCCUUGAGUGCCAUUUUCAUGGUCAGAAGGGAACCUCUUAGUUGAUCAGAUUUGUACCAAUAAAAUUCCAGGUCCAUUUGCUCAUUUCCCUGUCUAGCACUUUUGUUUCUUCUUCUUCACGUUUGCUCUUUAAGGGGGAAAAAAAGAAAGCUGAACAGCAACAACCGCCUGCAAAACCCUGUACCUUGGAGGUCAAGCUUUGACCCCAGCAAUGUGAGAACAGCCUUUGAAAGGUAUCAGAGGAAAAGUCGGAACCUUUCACGUUUGCUCUUUAAGGGGGAAAAAAAGAAAGCUGAACAGCAACAACCGCCUGCAAAACCCUGUACCUUGGAGGUCAAGCUUUGACCCCAGCAAUGUGAGAACAGCCUUUGAAAGGUAUCAGAGGAAAAGUCGGAACCUUUCAGUCUUCCUUCUGACUUUAAGUACUUCCGUGUCAGCUGAAACUAGACACACUAAGUACAGGCCUCUGUUAGGAUAAUGGGUCAUUUCCAAAAUUGAGGGAGGCACAACCUACCUGCUGAGGGUUAAAAAAGAUAUCCUCGGGCUUCCCUGGUGGCGCAGUGGUUGAGAGUCCGCCUGCCAAUGCAGGGGACACGGGUUCGUGCCCCGGUCCGGGAAGAUCCCAUGUGCUGCGGAGCGGCUGGGCCCGUGAGCCAUGGCCGCUGAGCCUGCGCGUCCGGAGCCUGUGCUCCGCAACGGGAGAGGCCACAACAGUGAGAGGCCCGCGUACCGCAAAAAAAAAAAAGAUAUCCUCGAAGAGCUCUCCAUGAUUGGAGAGCAGUGAAAAUGGGACUUGGUUUGCCCCUUUAUGGACAGGAAUAUUACUGACGAUCAAAAUGGUAUUCUUUUUCCCAGACAUAGAAAGAAUAUAUAAACUAAUGAAAGAGAUGUUUAUUUUUAAAUAAGAAUAAUGUUUUAUGCUUAUGUUUUCCAGUUUGAUUUCUUUUCAUAUAUACAUGUUAGAAAUAUAUUGAAAUAUCUAGUUUCUCAAUUUAAUUGAAACCAUGAAGAGUACAGUUUAGAAAUUAGGUAAGUGUCUCUAAAUUAUUCCUUUCAUGUAUUACCCGUAAUCACAUUGAGAUAUAUUAUCUAGUCAUUUGGCUCAAUAAAGCUUAAUGGAGAAUGUUAAUGAAAAUGAAUAGACUAGAAACAAGAGAGACUGGGUGGAGGAAGCCUGAGGGGGAUAAUGACAUGAAAUUAUCUUGAGUUUAUUCUUUAGGAGUAGGGCUUCAAAGGAGAGAACUAUUUUUCUGCUAAAGAAGACAUGUGAGUGACUUGAUAAAAGGGACCUCUUUAGUUUAUAGCAUCAUCCUUGAGCUAAAAGGGUUUAUUUGAGAUGAGUAUAGUAUGCUAAUAAUUGAUAGAACUUUGAAACUGUAGACUGAGCUACAAGAGGGACCUUAGAGAUUAUUCUAGUCCAUCCACUUCAUUUCACAGAUGUGGGACCUAAAGCAGGUGGUGGGAGAAGAGACCCGGGCAGGACAGGCCACCUGGGAGCUUGUCCUGACCUUUGCCAGUCCCUGGCCUAGUGGGGCUUCAGCAGGGGCUUCACUUCUUAGGGCUGCUCCUUACUGACAAUGAUGGGUUUGGACUAGAUGGUUUUUAAGGUUAUAGAAUUCUAGGGUUCUAAGUAUUUAUUAUGAUGCUUCAGGAGGACUAUGAAGGAGUUAUAUAAUCCUGAUGUUCUUCAGUUAUCUUCUGUAGCUCUUACUAUUACUGUAGCAGUAUUUACAUUUUAGAGAAUUACAAUGGGCUUUCACUAACCCGGGUUGCUCUCUCUCUUGGUUAUCUGAAGAGACCCAUAAAUCAUCACAGAGUGUUGGACAUAGAUUUCCCUUUUUUUUAAUAUUACACACACGUAUCUACCUAUUCCAACAAAACAGUAUCAGAAGAUUUCAAUUUUUUUGAACUGUAUAAUUGAGGACCUGCCAUUUAAAAAUGGGCAAAUAACUGUAAGCAUAUGUUUCUGAUUUGCUUUUAUUCCGACUGUGCAAAAGUAGUACCUGUACCAGAAAACAUCACAAAUUGGAUUUUUUUCCCUUUACAGCAUUCAGAUAACUAGAUCACCAAAUUCGAGUCCCAGUGUUUUUAAAAGCACAGCCCUCAGAGGAGAUAAGCUUUAAAUGGACACUUCUAAAUGUGAUUAUAAUUAAUGAUUUCUUUAGCAGAUGUAUCAGAGUUGUGAUACCUAAUUGAGUGUUCCCUUCAAAGGCAUCUGGUUUUACUUGGGAAACAUACUUAUUCAAAUGAUGCUGCCACCAUUUAUGUUAUUUUUGAAACUUCUCUCCUUAGAAAUAUUCAAUACUAUCAAGAAAGAUAAUAAAAUAUAAGAAAAUCAGUUGUAUUAUCUAAUUAGUAUCGCUUUCAGCAUCUGAAAGUAGUAUGCUCUCUUUCUUGAUCUUUUCCUACCACUCUUGGUUCUAAAUAACAUUUAGAUGUUUCCAAAAAGCAAAAUCACUCGCCUAAGCUGAAGAGUGGUUACUAUUGAAGAUAGUAAGAAGAAUGAAUAAUUCACUGAAGAUUCCCAGAGAGGAUCUUAUAAUGGAAUGUGACAGCAAUCAGUCUUAACUUCCUUAAUAUUCUGAAUAAGGGAACUUAUACGAUUUCGCCUGUCUUUAGUAUGGUUUGGAAAAUUGAAAGAUAGGGGUUUUAAAAUACCUCUGAAAGAGGUUGUCACUUUGUUCAGUGUCAUUUGAUACUGGACUUGGCUCUUCCCAAAUUAGAAUUAUAGAACUUGGAUUGCUAGUAAUUAUAGGGGAACAAAUCCAGGAAAAGAACCUGUUUUUCUCAAGAUGAAAUAUUAGCUUUGUUUCUAAUCCUUUUUUCGGGGUCUCCUGAGAUAAAUGAUUCAAAGCAACACAACCUCUCCCCCCCGACCGCCCAGGUCAGGAACAGUUCUGCCUUCAGUAGUGCUGGGGGAAGGAGGAGACUUUUGGGGUUGACCUCAGCCCAGAGGUAUGGAGGCAUAUGAAUUCAGCUGAACAGAUGCACAUUGUAGAGAACUUCGGCCAAAAUAAAGUCUCCCAUGCCGAUGUUUGUCUAUAGUUCCAGGAGUCUUUCUCAGUCUGUAAGAUUCAGAAUUCUGUAGCCAUGAACUUAGACUUUGGGGAUAAAAAUGACAGGAUUGCCCAAAGUACUGAAUUAAGCAGAUUAGAGGCUGCCAGGCAGAACAGAGAAACUAUUAGAUGGAUACUUAAAAUGGUACCUUUACUGAAACGCUCCAGAUAUUACAAAGCCAUCUUUUAUUCCUCUCAAGAGACUGUAAUUUUACCAGCACAAAGUUAUUAGCCUUUUCCUUUUCCCCACUAGUAAUGUUCCUAGAGUUGAAUGUGCUUGGAUUUCUUGAGUCAGAAUGAAUCCCAGAUGGCCUCCAUUUCAAAUAAUCUGUAACAAGAUACUAUUUUGUUUCUCUUGGGUUUCCUUUCACUGUGAUGGGGGAGAGAGGUUCUUUGGACAAUGCUGAUCUGUGCAGCAGCAUGGUAGUUGCUAGAAUGGAAGAUAUCUUCCUGGUUCCCACUCUGAUGUAGUCUUGCCCUAGGAGUAUUCUCUGCCCUGUCGCACACGCCCUCAUCACACGGAUGUGUAUUCACCACAGACCUUUAUCCUGUCCUCCCAAGAAGACAAAGCAAACAGAGGUACAUGAAGCUAUCUUAUACAGAAAAAUGUGAAAUUUGAACUUUGCUACACAAGUAUUGUAUAAAAAACAAGUCUGUAAACAAGUUUCUUAUGUAAACAUACAGGAAAAUAAAGACUUUUAUCUGUUAAAACAGGAGCAUGAUGUUCAGAGCUAUAAAUAAAUAACUUACAGUAGCUGCUCUUUUCCUGAUCUGAAAACCCACUUUUGCAAAAAAGGAUUUAAACACAUUGUUGAGUGACCAUAAGCACCUGUGCACAAGGAAAGUGCAGACACGUAUGAGAGACGUGCAGAGGACAUUUUAAUGAGUCAUGGCUACCCCGGCUUCAUCUGCGGUCAUAGAGAGUAAAACCCCUGUGAGCCUGCAUUUGAUAUGACCAGACAUGGAGCUGUAAAAGAGAGCACAGAUUUGCAGCUACCCUCCUCUAAUUUAAUCUUUAAUGUACCCAGGCUAAUUUAAUUAAACAUUUUACGUUGGCAACGGCAGUUUUAUGCCCAGGGAGAAAUCUCUCUCGUUUAAUUGCUCUGUUGGCUUGAGAGACCCAGCGCCUCUAGCCAGUGUUGUCCCCCAUCAAAUAUCUUAUUCGCCAGGCUUGGGUUUUAAUGCAACUCCACAGCAUAUGGUAGAACCCAGUGCUUAAUUUUAUUAUCUAAGCAAAAGGUCAUGGAAAUUACUAGUUUGAUGUACAUCUCCUGAUUCCCUGAUUCAGCUCUGAGAGUGUGAAUUUCAUUUGGUGCUACAUUUCUGAAGUUCUUGUAAAGGGUAUUUUGCUUUCUAUUUGCUAACUAUAUGAGAAGGUUUCCCAAUACUCCAAGAUUUCACCUUCAGUUUUGGGCAAGAAUUAUGUCUUUGACACUCCCUAUAACUGUUAUUUCUCUUUAUAGUUUGGGAGAAAGUAAAAUUCUGGUCACGCAUGAUAUAUUGCACUCAGGAAUAUCCAGCCUGCAAUUUAAGUCUUCAGAUUUUCAUUCUUUUUUAGGAAACAUGGCCCUCACUGUCCAUCAGAUAAAAUUUCCAGGGUAAACCUAUUCUAAAUUAUUCAGCACUUUGGGUUGCUUUGGAAAUUAAUAGGGAAUUGGUGAGGAUAGUUGCCAAAGCAUCAGAUACUUUUGAGGAUGCCUUCUUUCUGAAGCAUAUAAGCUCUUACUGAAAUCGACAUUAAUUUGCAGCCCCAAAAUAGACUCAAAUGGAGUUAUUCCUAGUGGAAGUGUCAAAAAGUGUGCUUAACCUUAACCUGGCACACAGUCCUACAUCAGAGCAAGAAAAAGAAGUGUGUUUUGACUUCUUGCUUAAUUUAAUGUGCUAAAGCAAAAUGAAAAGAGACAUGACUUAAUUUGAGGAAAUUAGAACAAAAUGCCCUACCUUAAGCUUCCUGAUAAGGAAGACCCUUAUGCUUGAUAAGGGAGACCCUGACCCUGUGAGGCCAGGUCCCAGGUUUAAGCCCAACGCCCCCCCAUCACUUCCCACCCCUACCCCAAGAACAACUGCCUAGCUUUAUUGAGUUUUCUAGUCACAGGGCAUCUGCUCUGCAUGCCGUUGGUUUCCAAAGGAACUGGGCCAAGGCACUGAGGUUAAAUUAGUAUAAAUCUUUCAUUGCUAGUAGGCAGACUGCUUCCAACAUGUUUUUCUGACAGUACAAGGCUAUAUUCAUAUACAAGGACUGUUCACCCUGAAAAUACAUGCUUUCCCUCCCUGCAAUAACACACGCAUAUUCAAAAAAAAAAAAAAAAACCCUCUAACUGCCAACAAGAUUUAAUGUCUAUCUUCUGUUUACAGUUAUUUAGACUCUGUCCUUCUCUUGACUGCUUUGUUUCUUGUGCUGCCACCACCAAAAUUCCCUGAGGGAAUGUGGAUGUCUGCGUGCCCCAUACCCACUGCGUGUCUUUGUUCUCCAGAACGCCAGGCUUGGAGGGUUACAAAGGGUGGUUGCUCUCAGCCUUGGUCAUACUGCACCUCCUCUAAAAGGAAUGGAAAGGUUAAGAGAUCUGGCCUUCAAGGGAAAAUCCUUUAAAGGUGCUUUUCCAAUCCUAUAGAGCAGAUUCAUGUUCAAAGACAGAGAUGGAAUAGGUCUGGCCUUGUUUUGAAGGACUGGAGACUAGUUCUCCUUUCAAACUUGAUGUUAUAGUAUUUUUGUGACUAUAUAUAAAUUUUUAAAAGUUGUCGCAAUUUUAGGUGUGAUUUUUCCUAUUCAUCAUGAAGGUCAUAGAAUAUGCUCUGAGUUGGCAGAUUUACAGUUGACUUGAUCAAGAACUCACUUUUAACGUAAGUAAUUUAGAUAGGUUAGGAAUGCCCUUCUAGCCUGUCUGACUCCGCACGUGGGUACCCCUGCUUGGUACUUUACAGCUCUCACAAUGUACUCUAACACUGCAGGCAUCCGAGAUGCCCUGCGUUCUAUAGGUAGCUGCUUUUUGGAGGUCUGUGCACACAAUUUGAUUUGACUACGUUCCAUUUAAAUUUCCCCAGAGCACUAGCUUCAGUCAAACGAGUGCUCAUUUUCAUUAUUGGUUCCCAUGGUGGCCAGAGUUGGUCAUGACUAAAUUUGCCAGUUUUCUCCUAAGAGAUAUUUUGCUCUCCCACAGAACCACAUCAGCUUCUAGGGUGGUUUUGGAAGAUGAGAAGUCAUGACUUAAUUUUGGGAACUAAAAACUGUCCAACUGAUAACUGUGUUAGAAAGCAGUUCAAGGAGUUUUGGGGGCCAUUCGUACCACUUUGCUCAGCAAAUCUUAUCUUGGAAAACUUCUCUGCCCCAUUUCAUUUGAAUUUCCCCACAGACAUCAUCAUCUGGGAAUCACUGUGACAGAUCUCACAUCGAUAUACUUGCCUGAGAGAUUAGAAUUAUGUCUUUCCACAUAUAUUGCAAAGGAGAAGGUGUUCUGUUUAUUUCCUGUCCCCUGACUAACGCUUUCCUAUCACCAUAUGGGUGCACAUACUAAAGUUACAAUGCAAGGAAACAUUUAUCCUCUUCAUAUACUAUUCAGAAAGCCAUUUGGCACCAGUACAGAAUUUAACUUAAAGACUGUAAUUUGGAAUUCACCAAAUACAUUCAGAGUUCUAGAAAGAGAAAUAAAAAUGGUGGCGGGGUGGGGGGGGACCCACCUUUUUUGUUUCUGAAAACAAUAUUUAAGGUCAGAACUGUUUAAAAAGAAGCACUGCUAAAAAGUUACAGGAUUCAGAGAAACAUAGUAUUUUUGUACAGUGUCUUCUAAAAUGUUCAGAUCUCUCUCUGCGUCUCUUUACAAUGUAAUGCCUCUAAGUAACUGGUUUCCCAAUAAAUUGAUUUUGAUGUUG